AUGUCCAGAUCCGGUGUCGCAGUGUCCGAUGAAGCCCUAAAAGCCUUCAACGAUCUCAAGUUAGGUAAGAAGUACAAGUACGUCAUUUACAAGAUUUCCGACGACAAGACUCAGAUUGUUGUCGACAAGACUUCUACCGACGACUCCUAUGACAAGUUUUUAGAAGAAUUCCCAGAAAACGACUGUAAGUAUGCAGUUUACGAUUUCGAAUACGAAAUCUCUGCCGGUGAAGGUAAGAGAUCCAAGAUUGUCUUUUUCCAAUGGUCUCCAGACACCGCUUCAGUGAGAGCGAAAAUGGUGUAUGCAUCGUCCAAGGAUUCCUUGAGAAGGGCCUUGAACGGUGUUUCCUCUGACAUCCAAGGUACUGACUUCUCUGAGGUUUCUUACGAAGCAGUCUUGGACAAGGUCUCCAGAGGUGCAGGUUCCCACUGA